AUGACUGAACCUUUGUACUCCGACUUCAAUGGCCCCAAUGCCGAAAGUAACAGCCAAGCACUGCUCCGGGGUCUCUAUGAAGGCGAGACAGCGGAUCCUUACCUGGUGUCCUUCCUGGACCAUUGCCGACGGCCGGAGGGCUUGGAAGACCAACCACUGGAAGUGGAUCUGGAGGGCCAUGUUAGCUUCUGGCGUAAGAUGGGGGAACACAAAGGUUCGGAGCCACACGGCUUGCAUAAUGGCCAUUUCAAAGCGGGAGUAGCAUCCAACUUGCUUGCCUGCUGCGACACAAUCUUUCGCUCCUUCCCUUUUGCUACAGGAUUUGUCCCAGCCCAUUGGUGCCACUUGCUCAACUUUGCAAUUGAGAAGAAACCAGGCGAGAUUCGGGUGGACCUCAUGCGCAUGAUUCAAAUGAUGAAUUCGGAGCUGCAGGCCAACAACAAGAAAGUGGGGAAAUCGGCCAUGGCCUAUGCAGAGCAGCACAACUUGAUCCCAAAGGGACAACAUGGGUCUCGCAAGCGUCACCAGGCCAUCAAUCUGGCCCUUACGAAGCGUCUCACUUGGGACCUCUUGCAUCUUCAACGCCGCCCUGUCGAGUGGAUCUCCAACAAUGCCAAGUCCUGCUUUGACCGGAUUGUCCACUGGGUGGCAAUCAUUAGCCUCAUGCGCUUUGGGAUUCAAUGGCGUACCCUUCGCUCCAUGUUUGAUACACUGAUGAAGUCUAAGCACCGGGUGCAUACGGGGUUUGGCGAUUCAGACCGUGUCUUUACUCCUCCGACCCUGAUUCCAUUUCAAGGAUGUGGACAAGGCAAUGGGGCAGGACCUCCUAUCUGGGUUGCAAUUAGCUCCAUUCUCUUGGGGAUGAUGAUUUGCAAAGGCUUUGGCUUUGACUUUCUGAUGUCAAUCUCUUGGGCUCCGCUCUUGGCCGAUUGCUUUUGUUUUGUCGAUGACACUGAUGUCUGCCAAGCGGCACCGUCUCCUGACCAGUCUGGGGAAUCUAUCGUCCCAGAGGUGGCCAAAGCACUGAAAUGGUGGUCCAACGGCGUCCGCCUGACUGGUGGCGCCAUCCGACCAGAUAAAUCCUUUUGGUAUCUGAUUGACUUCAAGUGGAAUGCCCAACAAGGUGUAUGGAAAUUCCGGCGGAAGGGGGAUUUCAAACCAUCUCUUCUUCCCACAGGAACGUCGGAAAUUGCGGUUGAACUGGAUGAUCUGGAUGGCACUCCAGUGCAUCUACAGUGGUUGGAACUGGACGAAUCGGAGAAGACUUUGGGUAUCCUGAUGUCCCCCUGCUCCAACAGGAAAGCACAACUUGUGGUGAUGCAGGGGAAAGCAAAAGCAUGGGCGGAUCAGAUCCAACCUAGCUUCCUCCACCAAUACGAUGUCCUCCCUCUCCUUCGCACCACAAUCCAGAAGACUUUGGAGUACCCCAUGGCGCUCACCUUCUUCUCUCAACAGGAGUGGGACCAGCUCCUAUCCCCAGUGCUCAGGGCGGCACUUCCAAAGGCUGGUAUCUGCCGCAACUUUCCUUGUGCUAUGGUCUAUGCCCCUAUUGCACUCCAAGGAGUGGGUGCCCCUCAUCUGUACGGUCUCCAAGUCAUCAAGCACUUGGACAUGCUACUUCGCCAUCCUGCCAAUAAGACCAAGACGGGCGCCUUCUUGGAGACAGUCCUUCAGGCACAUCAGCUUGAAACCGGUACCUCAUACGGCCUCUUCCAACAAGUCUAUGCCAACACCUCCAUCCUGGCGUCUGACACGUGGGCAAAGCGGACCUGGAGUGAACUCGACUCUCUCUCCAUCCACCUGGAGUUUGAUUCCCCCUCUCUUCAGCCACUUUGCCAAGGAGAUCAACUGUUAGCCGACUUGUUCAUUGAUUCUUUGGUGGACCAACUUACUUUGAAAUGGCUCAACUGGUGUCAGAUCUUCCUGCACGCAGUCACUCUUUCUGAUAUUGUGAAUGCUGAAGGGACAGCAAUUACGAUGCAUGCAUGGAAAGGGCUAAGAGCGGACAGCUGUUCUGAUCAGUACCAAUGGCCCUGCACUGCUCGUCCGUCUAACCAAUGGUGGACUGCAUCGCAGCAAUGGAUUUCUUCUCACCUGACCGGCCACUCCAACCGACGCCGUCUCAGUUCUCCAUUAGGCCCGUGGCAUUCCAUUGACUUGUCCUGGAAGUGGCAAUACUCCCCCUCUACCAAUACCCUGUUCCACCGUGAGGGUCAACUAUGGAUCCCUUCCGUCCCUCUCGCCUCCACCAGUCGUCAGCGCACCUUCUACUUGCCUCGCCGCUUCAAACCUGAUCUCCCACCUCUACCAGUGGACGCUGUCCGCCCCUCGGUCUCUGUCUUCCCUAGCCGGUCUCCGAUCCACAAGAGCCGGGUCCUCCUCCACUCUACGGGCCCUCACCAACCAGCCAAACCACCUGCCACCCCAUCUUCCAUCCUUGACCUCUGGUAUCACUUCGGCAGUCUGGCUGAAUCAGGUUCUCACGGCUGGGUUCCAGAGGUCAUUACCAUUGAAGGUAGUGAGGACCGCCUGGUUCAGGCCCUUCGCGCCGGUACCCUUCGUGCUGUGAGCGACAGCUCUUACAAAGCUAAAGUGGGCACAGCCUGCGCUCAAAUUCUCACUGAGGACCGCAGGGAUAUCAUCUGGAUCACCUGCCAAACCCCUGGCAAAUUUGACGACCAGAGUUCCACGCGCAGCGAAUUGAUUGGCCUUAUGGCCUCUCUCCUGGUGUUGGACUGGAUGUCUCAGGUCGCCCACCUGAAACCCUUUGCCAGCCAAUCGUCGGUUGAGAUGGCCUGCGACGGGCUCAUAGCUCUUGAUAAGUCCUUCUCCGAAUUCCACUUGUCAUUGUCUGGUGCCCAAUUUGAUCUGGCCUCAACCAUCCGGGCCUUGCUUCGCCACCUUCCCCUCCAAGUUCAUCGGCGCCAUGUUAAAGGCCACCUGGACAAGCACCGGCCUUUCUGCCAACUGGACUGGUGGGAGCAGCGCAAUGUGGAAGUGGACUCCAAAGCACAGUCCUACCGCCGCCUGCUGAAGACUACAGGCCGUUCUGCCGCCUCCAACCCCCGCUUCUUCCAUGAACCUGUGUCUUUAUUCAUUGACGGUGUUAAGUCUUCCAAACUAGAUCAGGCUCACAUCAUGGAGCUGGUCUCUCUUCCUGCCCUUUGA